CUGGUAGCCGGGCUAGGCGCGCCAGUGGGGCGCGGAGGUAAGAACACCCGGCAGGGACCCUCCCGGAGCGACCCCCGGAGCCCUGCUGCCCACGACACCGUGCCGGAGCUGGGCUCCACGGCCACCCCGGGGCGCACUGGGUGGGCAGUGCCACCGCUAUCCCCACCAGCCUCCUCUUCCAGCUGGGGACCCUAACUUCGGUCCCCGGGCAGCUCCUGGGCGAAAGUGCUGGGAGCCACUUCCGGGGAGGGAGGCGCCACCUGUCCGGGCCGGGCGCGCCCUUUCCCUGGACUUGCUUCUCCAGAAAGAAAAUCUGGGCCUGGCACACCAAGUCUGCAUAGAGCUCCACAGUAAUGAAUCAGUGCGUCUGUAGAGGAAUGGAAGAAAACAAGGAAAGGCCGAAGAGGCAGCGGCAGAACAACUUCCCCAUGUUUCCCUCGCCUAAAGCCUGGAAUUUCAGAGGGCGGAAACGGAAGCAGAGUGCCCAGGAUGAAGAUGCCGUCAGCCUGUGCAGUCUUGACAUAAGUGAACCUAGUAAUAAACGGGUCAAACCUCUUUCCCGGGUCACGUCACUUGCAAACCUCAUCCCACCGGUGAAGACCACACCAUUGAAGCGCUUCAGCCAAACCCUGCAGCGGUCCAUUAGCUUCCGCAGCGAGAGCCGCCCCGACAUCCUCGCCCCCCGAGCCUGGUCCAGAAAUGCCACUUCUUCAAGCACGAAACGGAGGGACAGCAAACUGUGGAGUGAGACCUUUGAUGUGUGUGUCAGUCAGGUGCUUACAGCCAAGGAGAUCAAGCGUCAGGAGGCAAUCUUUGAGCUUUCUCAAGGAGAAGAAGACUUGAUAGAGGACUUGAAGUUAGCAAAAAAGGCCUACCAUGACCCCAUGCUGAAACUCUCGAUAAUGACAGAGCAAGAAUUGAAUCAAAUUUUUGGAACACUGGACUCUUUAAUUCCUCUACAUGAAGAGCUCCUUAGUCAGCUUCGGGAUGUUCGGAAGCCUGAUGGUUCCACUGAGCAUGUCGGUCCCAUCCUCGUGGGCUGGCUGCCGUGCCUCAGCUCCUACGACAGCUACUGCAGCAAUCAAGUGGCUGCCAAAGCUCUGCUGGACCACAAAAAGCAAGAUCACAGAGUCCAGGAUUUCCUUCAGCGCUGCUUGGAGUCCCCCUUCAGCCGCAAACUGGACCUCUGGAAUUUCCUUGACAUUCCCAGGAGCCGCCUGGUGAAGUACCCUCUGCUCCUUCGAGAAAUCUUGAGGCACACACCGAAUGAUAAUCCAGAUCAGCAGCACUUGGAGGAAGCCAUAAACAUCAUUCAGGGAAUUGUGGCAGAAAUCAACACCAAGACUGGGGAAUCGGAAUGCCGUUACUAUAAAGAGCGACUGCUUUACUUGGAAGAAGGACAGAAAGACUCCCUGAUUGACAGUUCAAGGGUCCUGUGUUGUCAUGGUGAAUUGAAAAAUAACCGGGGUGUGAAGCUCCAUGUGUUCCUGUUCCAAGAAGUACUUGUGAUCACCCGAGCUGUCACCCACAACGAGCAACUCUGCUACCAAUUGUACAGGCAGCCCAUCCCUGUGAAGGACCUCGUGCUGGAAGACCUGCAGGAUGGAGAAGUACGAUUGGGCGGCUCCCUGCGCGGGGCUUUCAGCAACAACGAGAGAAUUAAGAACUUCUUCAGAGUCAGUUUCAGAAAUGGAUCCCAAAGUCAGACCCACUCACUCCAAGCCAAUGACACCUUCAACAAACAGCAGUGGCUCAACUGUAUUCGUCAAGCAAAAGAAGCAGUUCUGUCUGCUGCUGAGCAGGCUGGGGUGCUUAACUCCAAGGGGCCAUCCCCAAGUCCCACCACCCAGAGCAGGGAGCCACAGGGAGAAACAAAACUUGAGCAGAUGGACCAAUCGGACAGUGAGUCAGACUGCAGUAUGGACACUAGUGAGGUCAGCCUUGACUGUGAGCGAAUGGAGCAGGCAGACUCCUCCUGUGGAAACAGCAGGCCAGUGGAAAGCAAUGUCUGACAGAAGGCCCUGAUCUUGCUGGACAGCCCUGUGUCUUGCCUGUACAGUAUUUGCAUUCCACACAAGGAACAGUCUGGAGAAGCACUUUGUGAUCAUUUUGUGCCCGUGUUGGCUUAGUCCCUUUAUGUCUGUACCAUGUCCCUAGUACUGUAACCGCCAACCAAUCUGUGCCAUCCGGAAUCUGUGACAGCACUUACCCUGUACUCUAUCUCACAAGUGCUGGAUGAAUGGAGAGGGACUUAAACACAUUACUUUCAGUUUUCCUGCUGGAUUUUUAAGAACAGAAAGGCUCUCUAAACCACUGUUCUGUGUAGACUGCCUAACGAGUCCUUUCUCCCAUGCUUCUCCAUCACUUUGCUAGCUCUUAGGCAUAGUUGCUGAAGACAUGGAAUUGAGAGAGCUUUGCAGAGUAUUCAGGUGGCAUUCCAAAGGAAGCCAGGAAACUCCAACCCAUGAAGUGAACUUAGGUUCUGUGUCAUUCAACCAGAAAGUAUCCCUGCAGAUUCCGAGGUUUAAUUGUGCAGAAAAAGCCUUGCUUGAACCCUGCAAUUUAAUACAGUGCAAGUUGAAUGUAAUAAUCUAUGAAGACAUGAAAAAAAGGCAUUAGAGGGGCCAUGACAAAACCAGAUGCCAGACCAGACCUAGUGGCACAUACCUAUAAUCCUAGCACUUGGGAGGGAGCGGCAGGAAGAUUCAGAGUUCAAGGACAGCCUGGGUUACAUACCAAGUUCUAGGUCAGCCUAAGUCCCAUAGUGGAAACAAAAGCAAAACAACAACAACAAAAAAAACCUAAAAGCAGCUGCCAGUUCUGAAUCUUUAACUGGAAUGUGUAUGGCUGUAGGAGGUGUCUGGUAUGGUCAUUGCCUGCUGUUGAGAGAGCAUCUCUGGUUUACAACAUCAGACUAGAUCACAAACACCCUGGGAAGGUCUGCAAGGAUGAUGAGGAGACCUGUCUGCACUAUGUUCCCUCGCCUCAGCCAUUUCUAUUCUAGAGUGGGAGUGAAGCAGCAGAAGACGUGUGUCUGCACGGGUGACUGUUUACAAAACACAUGAGAGGAAGGAUCAGGCUCAUGUGAGAAACAUACCACCUUCACCAAGGCCUUGUAUGGGAACCACAGAAGUUGCAAGGCAUGGUCUGGAGAGUCUUGGGAUUUCCUGCUCUGCUGUUGGGCCCUCAGUUAGCAUCUGUGGUUGCAUGGUUACCUUCUCCCGAGGCCAACUUCAGCAGCUCUGAUUGAUUAGGAUCAGCUAGCCAAACUGGAAAAACUGUCUUCUAACCUUGAUUUACAGAGCAGGGUAGGGUACGGACCUCAAAAAGAAGUUAACAAAGUACAUAGAACAACCCCCUUGCAAGUGUAAAUACUUAGGAUUACUUGUACAAAAUUAUACCCACACCAGCACUAGUAGUGAUUCUAAAUUAUUGCCAUUUUUUUUUAAUUUCUGCAUCUUUCAAGUUUACAGAAAAGCAGCAAAUGCAAUGUUAUCCUUUUGUUGUGUACAUAUGCCACGUUCAUUAAAGAAGCUGCGUGACAAGAUUUAUCAAUAUAAAAACAAGGUAUAUUACAUUAUUAUUUUUCAAAAACAAAUAUGAUCAAUUUUACCCUGUAAAGCAUAUUUCUGUAUUUAUAGAUUUUAAACAUGGUGAAUUUUUUUCUAUUACUAGUUUAUUUAAAACUGCUUUUUUUCUCAAGUUGUUGCUGAUUUAGUGAGCAUGUGAACCUGCUGCAGAUAGAAGCAGAGGAAAGCUGAGACAGGACAUUGGACAGAAGAGAAAAGCCUGUGUUCUCUGCAGAGCCACUGGCCACUGUGGCCAACAUAUUGAGAAAAGGUCUUUGUCAGGGUUGGCCGAUGGGAAGAAAAACGAUGAAUGUUUUGAUGAGAUGAAUGUUUUUGUAUAAUGGCCUUAAACUUUUCUGGAAGCAUUUCAAAUAAAUUAUAUUAAAA